AGGGCUUCGUAGUGCUGCGCGCGUCAUAAUCAUGAAUUUGGAACACAAGCAACUUAUCGAGAACAACCUCGACCAGCUGGUCGAUAUGGUGUACGCCCCAGAUUUGUUCGAGGAGCUCAAGAAACGUGACGUUUUCCGGGGUAGUAUGGCGGCAGAUUUGGAAGUACGUAAAUGUCCCGCACUCAUCACGCUAUGAAUUAUUGCGAAAGAAUUUUCGGGAAGGAACUCGUAAAUUUCUUGCGGAUCUUCCGAAACGAGGCCCUAAAGCUUUUGCACGUUUCAGCCAAGCAUUGUGGGACUCCGGUCAUGUCGAUGCUGCUACGAUGCUCUCCAUUCCGAAAACUGAGCGUAAUCAAUCCAGCGUUUCUCAAUUUGUUCAACUCUGUGAUCAAGUUCGUGACGAUUCUGGAGCAUCGAUGAGAAUCGUCCACCUUGUCCAUGAAACUGACGCAAAAGGCUUUAAUCCGAAAUCAGUACCUGACAAAGAAAUCAUCGUGCCUAAAGUUCAACAUCCUGAAAGAAAAGUGAAGCCUGCCGAUUUGUACAACAACGGUAUUACUGAAGAUGUUUAUCAAAUGAUGAGUAAGCCUCGUGGAUAUGCGUUGAUAAUGAACAAUGAAGUAUUCGAUUAUGAACUUGAAUUGAAAACACGCACUGGGUCUGAAGUGGACGUAAUGUCUCUGAAGGAUGUCCUGGAGCAAUGUGAUUUCAAGGUUGAAAUCCACCGCAACAAACAUUCCGGGGAUAUGAAGAGAAUCCUAAAAAAUUUUGCGAGCAAGGCCGAACAUGCGCAUGUAGACGCCACCAUGGUUGUCAUAAUGAGCCAUGGAAACUCCGAGAAAGGCAGAGACUUCGUGUAUUCCUGCGACCAUCGGGAAAUUGAUCGAGAGUGGAUUUUGACGCAAUUCAACAACGCGAAUGCUCCGGCGUUGCAAAAUAAGCCGAAGGUGUUCUUGUUCCAGUGCUGUAGGGGAGACGAACCCGAUGUGGGAGUUGUUCCUAAGGAAAUGGCUUUCGCGGGCAGGAUUGAAACGGAUGGCAAAUCAGAUGAUGUACCGCAGAUGCGAAAAAUGCCCACGUUUUCGCACAUGUUGAUCGCCAAUGCGACUGUACCUGGAUAUGCUUCAUUUCGUAGCCCAAAGGAGGGAACGUGGUUCAUCCAAACUCUUUGCCAAGAAAUCGCCGAUCAUGCCUGUGACAGACAUUUUGUCAAAAUGUUGAAAAAGUUGCUCAACCCGCGGUCUUUCUUGGUGAUCAAUGAAUUGCGAAGUGAUCCAGCGAUUUUUGUCGAUAGCCGCCGUGAUUAUUCCUGUGAUCAGAGGAGACCCUCGUCUGCCGGAAUGAGUCGAAACUUUGAAUCUCGUGAUGACAAUCGAAAUACCGCUCGGUUGAGCAGGGACAGGAACAGACAUGCCUCCAGUCCGAGUCGCCGAGCAACGGAGUGGAUUCCCUUGAUUCGUGCGAAAAUUUACAACAAUGGUGAACCCGAUGCCUAUGAAAUGAUGUCGAAUCCUCGAGGCCUUGUCCUGAUAAUCAACAACAAGAAUUUCACUGUGUCUCCGGACUCUCCGUCGUCUCGCGUCGGGUCCGAAUUCGACGCGGAAUCAAUAAAACAGUUAUUUCAAGAAUUGUACUUCACGGUCGAACAUUACAGCGACUUGGAGUACGACAAGAUGAAGUCGACCAUUCGCGACUUUGUGGCCAGGGAAGAGCACAAGACUGCCAAUGCCUGUUUCGUGUUCAUUAUGAGUCACGGCGCUGGAGCGCGAGGAGAGGACUCGUUUUAUACGUCGGACUCGAAAGUACUGCCAAUCUCGUGGAUCGAGGAUCAAUUCAACAACGAAAACGCGCCAAAUUUACAUGGGAAACCGAAGAUUCUCGUUUUGCACUGCUGUCGUGGUGGAGCGCAUGAUUAUGGCGUUCGGACGGCUCAUCAUCAGUUGCGUGAUAUCAGUCCCAAUCUUCAGCAUGAUGGAAGUGCGCUGAGAAAUACUUUGCCUGCGUCCCGACUUCCUGCAGUGACGGACAUGCUGGUUGCAUAUUCAACUAUACCUGGGAAAGUUUCCCAUCGAGACACGGAUUACGGAACGUGGUACAUCCAAACUUUGUGUCGGACGAUCAGGAAACAUGCUCAUGAACUGAAACUACGGGACAUAUUGGAUAGGAUUGAAUUCAUGAGUGGUGCUCAGUGCAACAUUUCAGGAGACUCGUCCGGAUUUAUAAAUGUAGGGUGUCCGAAAGUUUUUUGUGCGGUGGCAUAG